AUGGAAGGGGGGCUGCAGAAAGAGGAGGGCUGCAGAAAGAGGAGGGCUGCAGAAAGAGGAGGGCUGCAGAAAGAGGAGGGCUGCAGAAAGAGGAGGGCUGCAGAAAGAGGAGGGCUGCAGAAAGAGGAGGGCUGCAGAAAGAGGAGGGCUGCAGAAAGAGGAGGGCUGCAGAAAGAGGAGGGCUGCAGAAAGAGGAGGGCUACAGAAAGAGGAGGGCUAAAGGAAGAGGGCACAGGGCUAAAGGAAGAGGGCACAGGGCUAAAGGAAGAGGGCACAGGGCUAAAGGAAGAGGGCACAGGGCUAAAGGAAGAGGGCACAGGGCUAAAGGAAGAGGGCACAGGGCUAAAGGAAGAGGGCACAGGGCUAAAGGAAGAGGGCACAGGGCUAAAGGAAGAGGGCACAGGGCUAAAGGAAGAGGGCACAGGGCUAAAGGAAGAGGGCACAGGGCUAAAGGAAGAGGGCACAGGGCUAAAGGAAGAGGGCACAGGGCUAAAGGAAGAGGGCACAGGGCUAAAGGAAGAGGGCACAGGGCUAAAGGAAGAGGGCACAGGGCUAAAGGAAGAGGGCACAGGGCUAAAGAAAGAGGGCACAGGGCUAAAGAAAGAGGGCACAGGGCUAAAGAAAGAGGGCACAGGGCUAAAGAAAGAGGGCACAGGGCUAAAGAAAGAGGGCACAGGGCUAAAGAAAGAGGGCACAGGGCUAAAGAAAGAGGGCACAGGGCUAAAGAAAGAGGGCACAGGGCUAAAGAAAGAGGGCACAGGGCUAAAGAAAGAGGGCACAGGGCUAAAGAAAGAGGGCACAGGGCUAAAGAAAGAGGGCACAGGGCUAAAGAAAGAGGGCACAGGGCUAAAGAAAGAGGGCACAGGGCUAAAGAAAGAGGGCACAGGGCUAAAGAAAGAGGGCACAGGGCUAAAGAAAGAGGGCACAGGGCUAAAGAAAGAGGGCACAGGGCUAAAGAAAGAGGGCACAGGGCUAAAGAAAGAGGGCACAGGGCUAAAGAAAGAGGGCACAGGGCUAAAGAAAGAGGGCACAGGGCUAAAGAAAGAGGGCACAGGGCUAAAGAAAGAGGGCACAGGGCUAAAGAAAGAGGGCACAGGGCUAAAGAAAGAAGGCACAGGGCUAAAGAAAGAGGGCACAGGGCUAAAGAAAGAGGGCACAGGGCUAAAGAAAGAGGGCACAGGGCUAAAGAAAGAGGGCACAGGGCUAAAGAAAGAGGGCACAGGGCUAAAGAAAGAGGGCACAGGGCUAAAGAAAGAGGGCACAGGGCUAAAGAAAGAGGGCACAGGGCUAAAGAAAGAGGGCACAGGGCUAAAGAAAGAGGGCACAGGGCUAAAGAAAGAGGGCACAGGGCUAAAGAAAGAGGGCACAGGGCUAAAGAAAGAAGGCCAGAGGGCUAAAGGGCUAAAGGAAGAAGGCCGGAGGACUAGAGAGCUAAAAGGGAGAGGGCUAAAGGGAGAGGGCUAA